AUGAAAGAAAAUUGUUCCGAGGCUAAUGGAAAAUUCGCUGGUGAACUUGGUACAGGAAAAGAAGGGUGUGAAAUACAAGUUACUGCUACAUGUUUUGAACGUGAUUCAAAUAAAGAUGAAGCUAUUGUAUACUUCUACAUUACUAUAACAAUUGGGCUACUUAUCACUGCUUUCGUGAAGCCUUUCGUGGAAAAAUUCUUAAAGCGACCAAAUCCUCCACAUUUUUACACGUCGAUGCCUAAUAGUUGA